AUGAAGUUUUAUGAUAAUUUGGCAUCUUUGAUGGCUAAACACAAAUUCGAAGCCCACGAUAUUUGGAAUCUCGAUGAAACUAAUGACCCGACUGUUAACCAGCCUCAAAAAGUAAUCGCCCCCAAAGGAACUAAACAAGUGCAGCAGACAGUUUCAGCCGAGCGAGGCAUUAACGUUACGAUGCUUGGUUUCAUAAACGCAGGUGGUGGUAGCGCCCCUCCAGUAUUUAUUUUUCCGAGGAAAAAAGUUGCCCCGGUGAUGUUUGAAAAAGGUCCAUUAGGAUGCAUCGGAUUACCACAUGAAUCCGGCUGGAUGACUGCGACAAACUUCUUCAAGUCACUGCAACAUUUCCACUCGUUUGUCAAGUGCUCGAAGGAAAAACCCGUCCUAUUAAUAAUGGACAACCAUAUUAGCCACCUUGAUUUUCAAGCAGUAACAUUUGCCAAAGACAACGGCAUAAUCCUUUUAACAAUACCACCUCAUUGUUCACAUGCGCUGCAACCGCUGGACGUAACUGUGUACGGCCCGUUAAAAAAACGCCUAGGUGCAAGUCAAAAUGACUGGAUGUUCGUAAAUCCUGGCGUAAGGAUUUCCAUUAAAGAAAUCGCAGUGUUUGCUUCUCACACACCGGAAUGA